AUGACAUUGCGAGCGUUUCCUGAAGAUUGCAAGGCCGCUCUCACGGCUACAACCCUUAAAAGUACUGCCUGGAACGACGAGACCAUUGCUACCCUGGUCAAAAAGCACUUAGCCGCGGAGAAGGCUGGCGACAACGAAGCUUCAGACCUCUAUUUUGCGAUGUUCAAGUCCCUGAUGUCGGCAAGACCUCCGUUGCAAGCGACCUUAAACCCUGUGCCCGCCUCGGCCGAAGACCUUAGCAGUAAGACGCGCCCUAAGAAGCCAGUCAAUCCUGACCCUUACGCCAAAUACGCACUUAUUCCAAAUACGUCCGGUUCGGCAUCCCUCCCGGCGAAACCCACCGGUAGCAGAGCCCCGAAGGGCAGCGGGUACAAAGGCAACAACUUUGAUCCCAACCAUUCUGCAAAACAAAGUGCCCAAGGGAUGGCGAAGAUUGCCCAGUAG